GCCUCAACCAAUCUCUCUUCAUCGCCAUCUUCUACGAUUUAGUUGACAUUAAUAUUCAUCCAUUGCAUCGACUUCUGAGCUACAGGUUGUUCCAACUUGCAUAAUAAGAGCCCGUGCAAGCUGAACAGAGCAUCAUGGCAAGCGUCCCAGAAUCCUCGCUGGAGGAGAUUCUAUGGCGAUCACCGCCGCACGUGCAGAUGAUGGGCGGCCGUCUUCAUUCGAACAACAUUCUCUUCUAUUUUGCCGAAUCCCCUUUCUUCGAUCCCACCUCCAACAAUGCCUCCCUCGCCAUUCAAGCCAACUACAACGAAGCCUUCCGACAGUUUAUUGAGACCCGCGAAGCAUUUGAAGGCCGUCUGGCUACCAUGCAGGGCCUCGAAUUUGUCGUUUCUUACGAUCCGCUUCAGGCUGCAGCGCAACCAGACGGGAGCUUCGCGACCGAACCUUCGAACAUCUGGGUGAUCCGGAAGCAGACGCGGCGCAAGCGAGUCGGACAGGAAGAUGAGGUGGAGGUGCUAUCCACUUACUUUGUAGUCGGCGAUUGUAUUUACAUGGCACCUUCAGUUGCGAGUGUCAUCGGCAAUCGAAUUCUCUCGGCCGUGACUUCUCUCUCCAGCCUCCUCAAGACCGCAUCUACACUACCCACCUUUACCCCGGCGCACGGACACACCUAUCUUCCCCCGACCUCUAAACCCACCGACACAGCUGCUCAGCCGCCAGGCGCCCCAGCGCAGCAGAGCAAGGAGAAUACGCCGAUGCCCGAUGCGCCAAUGAGGGCGCCUCUCGUCGGAUCGCAAGUAGCGCAAACUGGCGGCUCGGUGUCUCAAGAUACUCGGACCCUUGCGGAGUCAUUCAGUCUGCUAUCACGGUAUGGGGAUGAAUUCAUGGAUGAGAACCCACUGGUCGGUGAACCGGGAUCAUUCAUCAUGUCGAAAACCGGUGAUACGGCGGCGGGUAUGAGUAAACAAGGGCCCAAUGCAGCAGCUAGCGCAACGUCUGGAAGAGUGACCACGCCGCAGGUUAGGGUGGAUACACCGGGCUCAGGCUUGGAGAAAGGAGCAGCUACGCCCUCCAUCGGACUGGAGGAGGGUAAGCUGAGAAAGAAGGGCAAGGUAGGGAGUUGAGUCGGUAACGUGGGUUUUAGUAAGUACGGAGGAAACAUGAUACCUUGUCAUUUCCUGAGGAUUACUUAAGGGAAGAAGCAUAUGUAGUUCAUUGGAACAUGCUGUAGCAUUGUCUUCUGCACUUUCGCACUGGCUUGGAUCGCAUAUUUAAGCAUACUACUUCAUGCUCUUUUGCGGGCAUACG